GGUUCUCUAUAGACCCGGUGUGUGCAGAGCUGGUGUGUGCAGACCCGGUGUGUCCCUCUCAGCAGAAGGAGCUGCAGUCGCAGUGUCUCUGCCGCUCAGUGGAGCCACAGAUUGUCUAAUUAGAUUAAGCAAGGCUUUCCUCAGAUAAGCAUUUAGCCAGCUCCUGUUUUUUCCUCCGAUGAAGCACUGCCUGUGACUGUGAGCUCGCUGAAGGUCAAAUCGAAAUUCCUGGACGACGAGCUGCUUUUGGGAGUAAAUUGUGUCCUCGGAGCAGGUCUUGGUGCAGAACUGUGGCCGGGUUAUGGGCUGUGUCUGGAGCUGUGUGUGUGACGCUGCCCAGAGUAAUCGGACUGCCGCUGAUACCUGCUGCUGCUAACGGGACGCGAUGGGGGAAGUUUCUUCACAGAGUCCCUGUAAGGCCAGAUCUGCACCCCAGGCCCACCACUGAGUCCGUGUUUGUCGGGGAAGGCCUCUGUUGAGUCACAGGGGAGCAGACAUGGCCAACAACUCUUUUCGCGGGUCUAAACACGGCCGGCGCGAUGAGGCCAACCACGAGGCCGAGUUCAGCUGCUCGCUGGAGGAGCUGCGCUCGCUCAUGGAGCUGAGAGGACCGGAGGCUCUGACCAGGAUCCAGACAAGUUACGGAGACGUUAAUGGGCUGUGUGCCAGACUGAAGACGUCAACUGUAGGAGGUUUAGAUGGAAACGCAGAGGACAUCAACAGGAGGAAAAAGGAGUUUGGACAGAACGUCAUCCCUCCGAAAAAGCCAAAAACCUUUUUGCAGUUAGUGUGGGAAGCCCUGCAGGACGUCACGCUCAUCAUCCUGGAGGUGGCAGCCGUCAUUUCACUAGGCCUUUCUUUCUACAGACCGCCAGCUGCUGAGAGACAGAACUGUGGCAGAGCGGCCGGCGGCGUGGAGGACGAGGGGGAGGCGGAGGCCGGGUGGAUCGAAGGCGCCGCCAUCCUGCUGUCCGUAGUGUGCGUGGUCCUGGUGACGGCCUUCAACGACUGGAGCAAGGAGAAGCAGUUCCGCGGCCUCCAGAGCCGCAUUGAGCAGGAGCAGAAGUUCACCGUGGUCCGAGGGGGGCAGAUGAUCCAGAUCAACGUGUCCGAGAUCGUUGUCGGAGACAUUGCACAAAUCAAAUAUGGUGACCUCCUCCCCGCUGACGGCGUCCUGAUUCAGGGCAACGAUCUGAAGAUCGACGAGAGCUCCCUGACCGGAGAGUCGGACCAUGUCAAGAAGAGCGUCAACGAAGACCUCAUGAUGCUGUCAGGUACCCAUGUGAUGGAGGGCUCUGGCAAGAUGCUGGUCACCGCCGUGGGUGUGAACUCUCAGACGGGCAUCAUCUUCACGCUGCUCGGGGCUGGUGAGGACGGCGACGGUGACGGCGAGGAGAAGGCUGAGAAAGAGAAGAAGAAGAAAGAGAAAGACAAGAAGAAAGAGGAGCGGAAAAAGAAAGAGAAGAAGGACAGGAAAAGUAAAAAAGAGGAAAAAGGCAAGAAAGGCAAAAACAAGGAUGGAGCCAAUGUUGAGAUGCAGCCGCUCAACGAGGACGAAGAACCAGAUAAGAAGAAAAACCUGCCAAAGAAAGAGAAGUCUGUUCUCCAGGGGAAGCUGACCAAACUGGCUAUGCAGAUCGGCAAAGCAGGUCUUUUGAUGUCGGCUCUCACCGUCCUCAUCCUCAUCACUCGUUUCCUGAUCGAUACCUUCUGGAUUCAGGGGGUUCCCUGGGCCAAGGAGUGUGGACCCAUCUACGUGCAGUUCUUGGUCAAGUUUUUCAUCAUCGGUGUGACGGUGCUGGUGGUUGCUGUGCCUGAAGGUCUUCCUCUGGCCGUCACCAUCUCCUUGGCCUAUUCAGUCAAGAAAAUGAUGAAGGACAACAACCUAGUUCGCCACCUGGACGCCUGCGAGACGAUGGGCAACGCCACAGCCAUCUGCUCCGACAAGACAGGCACACUCACCAUGAACCGCAUGCGAGUGGUGCAGGCCUACAUCUCAGGAUCCUACUACAAGGAGGUGCCGGAGUCGAGCAAGAUCCCUGCCAAGACGCUGGACCUGCUCAUCCUGGGUAUUGGGGUCAACUGCGCCUACACCACCAAGAUCAUGCCUCCGGAGAAGGAGGGUGGGCUACCACGGCAGGUGGGAAACAAGACUGAAUGUGCCUUACUGGGACUCACCCUCGACCUGCACAGAGACUACCAGGCCAUCCGCAAUGAAAUCUCAGAGGAGAGACUGUUCAAGGUCUACACCUUCAACUCUACGAGGAAGUCCAUGAGUACUGUGCUAAAGAACCAUGAUGGCAGCUACCGCAUAUUCAGCAAGGGGGCCUCUGAGAUCCUGCUCAGGAAGUGCUGUCGGAUCCAAAUAGCCAGCGGCGAAUCCAAAGACCUCAAACCUCGCGACCGAGACAACCUGAUGAAGAAGGUGAUUGAGCCAAUGGCCUCGGAGGGCCUACGAACCAUCUGCCUCGCCUACAAAGACUUCCCUGCCGCUGACGGAGAGCCUGACUGGGACGACGAGGCCCAAAUCAUCACCGGUCUCACCUGCAUUGCCAUCGUCGGUAUUGAGGACCCAGUGAGACUUGAGGUACCAGAAGCCAUCAGAAAGUGCCAGCGGGCCGGGAUCACGGUCCGCAUGGUGACCGGAGACAACAUAAACACGGCGCGGGCCAUCGCCGCCAAAUGUGGCAUCCUGCAACCGGGAGACGACUUUGUGUGUAUGGAGGGCAAAGAGUUCAACCGACAGAUCCGAAACGAGCUAGGAGAGAUUGAGCAGGAGCGUAUUGACAAGAUUUGGCCAAAGCUGCGGGUCCUCGCCAGAUCUUCACCAACAGACAAACACACCUUGGUCAAAGGUAUCAUCGACAGCACGGUGCUGGAGCAGAGGCAGGUUGUCGCGGUUACUGGAGAUGGAACAAAUGACGGGCCUGCCCUCAAGAAAGCUGAUGUUGGCUUCGCCAUGGGCAUCGCAGGGACAGACGUGGCAAAGGAGGCGUCUGACAUCAUCCUGACGGACGACAACUUCAGCAGCAUCGUGAAGGCCGUGAUGUGGGGCCGCAAUGUCUACGACAGCAUCUCCAAGUUCCUGCAGUUCCAGCUCACCGUCAACGUGGUGGCCGUCAUCGUGGCCUUCACCGGGGCCUGCAUCACGCAGGACUCGCCUCUGAAAGCCGUGCAGAUGCUGUGGGUCAACCUCAUCAUGGACACCUUCGCUUCCCUGGCCCUCGCCACCGAGCCUCCGACCGAAGCCCUGCUGCUCAGGAACCCGUACGGCCGGAAGAAGCCGCUCAUCUCCCGCACCAUGAUGAAGAACAUCCUGGGACACGCCGUUUACCAGCUGACCCUCAUCUUCACCCUGCUAUUCCUAGGCGAGACUUUGUUUGACAUCGACAGCGGCCGGAACGCGCCCCUCCACGCCGCGCCCUCCGAGCACUACACCAUCGUGUUCAACACGUUCGUCCUCCUGCAGAUCUUCAACGAGCUCAACGCCCGCAAGAUACACGGCGAGAGGAACGUCUUCGAGGGCGUCUUCAAGAACCCCAUUUUCUGCUCCAUCGUCCUGGGAACCUUACUCAUACAGGUGGUCAUCGUGCAGUUCGGUGGCAAACCGUUCAGCUGUGUGGCUCUGAGCCUGGACCAGUGGCUGUGGUGCCUUUUCCUGGGCCUCACCAGCCUCUUGUGGGGACAGCUGGUGUCCAGCGUCCCCACCAAGUGGCUGAAGUUCCUGAAGACGGCGGGCCACGGCACGCAGCAGGAGGAGAUCCCCGAGGAGGAGCUGGAGGAGAUGGAGGACCUGGAUGAGAUCGACCACGCCGAGAUGGAGCUGAGGCGGGGCCAGGUGCUCUGGUGCCGCGGCCUCAACCGCAUCCAGACACAGAUCCGCGUGGUGAACGCCUUCAGAGACAGCGUGUCUCCCUACGAAGGGCUGGAGACGCCCGAGGCCCGCAGCUCCAUCCACAACUUCAUGAGCCACCCCGAGUUCCACAUCGAGGACUCGGAGCCCCAGAUCCCCCUGAUCGACGAGAACGACGGCGAGGGCGAGGACGACGCGCCCACCAAGCGGAACUCCGUCCUCGUCCCGCCGCCGCUGACCGGACUGUCCAGCCUGCCGCCGCUCCCGGCCUCGCCCAACCAGAACAACAACGCCACGGGCUGCGUCGUCCCGCCGCACAAGGACGCCUCCAGGCCCGGUCUGAUCCCGUCCAACUCGGCGGGGCUGCCGCCGUGUCCGGGGAGCCCCCUGCACAGCCUGGAGACCUCACUGUGAAGCCCCCCUCCCCAGACUGACCACUUCCUGUUGCGGCAGUCUGCCCCUGUUCGUACUGUGUUCCUCACUGCGAGAGCGGUGCAUCUUCUGAGAGCAGCGGGAUAAAAAAAAAAACGAAAAACAGACUCAUCUGAUUGUCAGAUACUGGUUUUUAGAUUCCAGGAAGCAGAAAUGUUUCCAGGUGUGUUUGUCGUUGUGUUCGAGGAAGCAGCAGCAGCGGCGGCGGCGCCAGAUUUACAGACUGUUUCUUCCUCCCUGAUGUUUUUCCCUUCUGUGCUUAACCGAACUCUGCAGUUGUUACUUUUAGGUCGAAGCGUGUUUGUGAAGUGGUCAAUCAAUAAUCAGUUUUUCCGAUCUGUAAAUAUUGGUGUCGAUGUUCAGACGUAGUCAGGGGCUCAUUGGGAUCUGCAGCGUUGUCUGCUUUGCCAGCGGACGAGCGCUGAAGUGAGCUGACGGUGGCGAGGUGAGGUUAGAUCGUGUUGAGGUUUAUGUGGAGGAUCUGUGACUGAGAUUUAGAGUUA